GUGUUUACAAGAGCAGAGUGCGCUGGCAGCAGGCAGGCUGCUUAGUCAGAAUCUGGCAGUUGGUUGUGGUUCGACUAACUACGCCGUCCCAGCUCGUCGUGUUUACGCGUCGUCGGAGUGAAGUUUCCUUCAACAGACUGUGAAUCUCCGAUAAUGGAUGAGCGUGCGGACGAAUCCUGUGGUGACUAUUCACUCGAAGAAGAAGAUGAGCGUUUCAGGAGGGACCUUGAGACUGCACUGGAGCUGUCGCUGCAGGAACAGAGCAUGAGGGACUUCAGUGACUCGCUUGAGUGGACACUGAAAGACCUUCAGGUCGAAGUGAGCAGGCCAGUUGCGCUUUCUAAGGACGACCCGGUGAGCGCUGAAAUUUGUGCAGACCUUCAACGCCAGGAGGUCGAUGUCCUCAAGCAGAAGCUGGCUCAGACUUCCCUCCGCAAUGGUGCAACACCUGAGAAAAAGGUUCUGCAAAGGCUGUCACAGGGUAGAACUUGGGCGCAGCGCGUUUUGACUGAAAGCUGCCGAGAGAAUGCGGGAGUGUCGAGCGAAAACUGCAGAGGGGAUACAAGCGCUUCGCCACAUAGCGAGGAUUUUGACGUAGACAAUAUCCCUCGCUGCCCGGUCGGCGAAGGCGCGGUGAAGAAGGUGCCGAGGAGGCAGCGUCCCGAGAAGGAUCGCAGCGAGCGCAAUGGUAAAGAGGUGCCUUUUCACCGCCACAGCCAAAAGCCGAGCAAGAAGAAGCCGCUGCAGCGCACCCCUGCGCUGCCACCGCGUCCAGCCCGCGACGUGCUGCUCCGCCCGGAUCCCGAAGACAAAGUGCCACAGCGGGGAAAGAAAGAGGUUGGCUGGAGCACUCCGCCAUCUGACACAGAAGAAUUUCUGAGAGAGCUGGAAAUCGCACGCCAGAAAUCUCUUUUGGAGAACUGGGCGCCUAACAGCAAAACAGAUUCUGGACUGGCUACAGAAAGCCUCGCCCUCACUGUAGUAACCAAUGGCAAAGAGAGGCAUAGCCCAGAAAGAUACUCGUCACCCCUGCAGGAACUGCUCAUGGAACCUAACCUGCCCAAGCAGGUCCCAGCGAAGUCCUCGGCGGGGGAGUGUCUUGGGGCUACAGCGGUUGAAACCUCACCUGACGUGCAACGCAAGGGCUGUGAAGUUGCCACCGCACGUGACGACGCAGAUAUGGACUCUGACCCUGCUGCUUUCAUUGAACGGUGGUACACCAGCGCUCUUGAAGGGCAGUCUUCAGGAAGCGAAGCUGCAGCUAAUAGUGCAACGGAUCCCGUUAGGGCGGAAAUACUAACAGGUAGUCCAUUGGUGACGCGUUCAGAAGAAAAUAACAAUAACCAUUCAACGAAAUCACGAGAGACGAAUGGUUGGACAUCGGGAGCAGAAUUUGGGAACGAGAAACUUCGGAUUACCUCGUCUCCAUCAUGGAACACAGCUAGCAGAGUUUGGCGUCCUGUAGCUGAGGAUGCACUCGUGCUCGGCCAAGUUUCAAGUUCUCCAAGACUGGAAUUGCUUCUUAAGACACUUCCUAGCGUGAAGAACCAUGCAUCCGAUGAAGAGAAUGGUGCUCAGUCGUACCAUGCCACUGACGGGAAUUCUCCAGACAGAGCGGAGGACGAUUCGGAAUUGGCACACGAUUUGUGUCCCGAUACAGAAGACAGAUAAAUCUAGAAAUGGUUUGACUGGAUGCAGAUGUGGGCUCGACGGAAUCAGCUGUGGUGCAUUCGGAAAAAGUAACGAUUUCUUAGACAGGUUUCUGAAUGCCAAAUAGAACUGCAGUAAUAUUUUAAGUUUUUACUUUUUAAUAGGUACUGACUGGUAAGACAGAACCAUGAAAAUUAUUUUUCAGAUGACGAGGUCAAACUGUAAUUGAGUUUUAAAUAAUUAACACUUAGAGACGCCCUUUCGGCUCCUGUAGACAGUGUUUUAGAAUGAAUAGUUCAUUUACUAAAUACAUAAAAAGCAUCAGGUUACCGUUAGUCGCUCCAUAUUUCAAUUUGGGCGAUGAAUGUAACGUUUGUAGAGUCUGUCACGACUGAGAUUUUCUCACUGGCUGUUAAACAUAAUAUGCUGAGUGGGCUUAUCUUCGCUUGUGCAGCAAAAAUAGCAACUACCUCUGUAUGGAAAAUUUCUGUGCAUUUAGUUCUUCACCUCCGAACACACAUUUUGUGAGAUGCAGUUAUGUAUUUGGAUAUGAAACAUGGUACUGAUAGUCUCAUUGUUGACAAUUUUUAUUAAAUUGUUCUCAAAACAUAGGUAUUCAUCCACAUCCUGCUUACCCUGAGUCCAUGAAGAGCGGCUAUCUGAAAAUGAUUUUAGGUGUAAAAUGUCCAAAUUAGAAAUGGUUUCCUCUCGUAUUUGUGCAGGAUGGAACUUGAUACGGCAUGUGCCUUCAUCCAGCUUGUACUGGCACGAACAGCAUCUAUCCUAUCUAUCUAUCUAUUCGUCCACCUACGAGCGCUCGCUCUCUCUCUCUCUCUCUCUCUCUCUCUCUCUCUCUCUCUCUCUCUCUCUCUGUGUGUGUGUGUGUCGCUUCUGUCUCUGUCUCCCGCUUCACGAAGUAUCUUUAUCUCAGAAUCUGUAGUCGGAAAGUCAUCUUACGUUGUAUGGUGGAGGGUACUUUCGGCACUGCUGUUACUUUUCCUCUUCCCUGUUGUGUACGUCAAUGGUCUGUGGGAAAAAAGGUUGGCGAAAAACCUUCCUAUGGAGUUUGGUUCCUUUUUUUUGUCAUUAGUCACUGAAAAAGUUGUCGGAAGAAAGCAACAUGUUAGCCUGCCAUUUUUAAUCUUAAGUGUCUGAAAUUAAACAGAAAACAGGUGAUACUAAACACCUGACUUGUAGAGUAUUCCACUAGUUUGUGUCAGCAUCUACUUUACGCUCUCAGGCAUACUAAGAGGGUCCAGAACGAAAAGUGCCGCUCUUCUGUGGAUCUAAUAUCAACUGAUAAUCCAACCUUGUACGGAUUCCACUGAUAAGCAGUAAUCGACGAUAGAGCCGAUAAGUCUUGUAAGACUUCCCUCAUGGUUGAAUCAAGUUUCUAUAACGCUGUUCCAAUGCAUUUCAGCCUGAUACCUGCAUUUCCUACAACUAAUUUUAUGGAUCCAGAUUGAAAUUU